AAACACUGACUACACAAUUAGGUCAUACUGUGUUCGUUCUGUGGUUGUAAAACGCUUCUCUACAUUACCAUUUUAUCUAUUCCGCGGGUGUUUCAAUCACAAUCGUUAUCUUUAUUGUAUCGUACCAUUUAACUUUUACCAUUAUAAUUAUUUACCUUUAUUAUUAUUAUUAUUAUUAUUAUGAUUAUUAAUGGUGCGCGGACAAGGGGGAAUGGUAACCACAAUACUCAUCAAAACGCUCCAUCGUGUUUCUCUAGUAAUUUCUGAUCGGAACGCAAAUGGCGGGACCGUGUGAUAGAUAUAGUUACCAGUCGUCGCGGAUGAAUGCCGAAUAGAGUGUUGAUUACCACUGUCUCGAUCUUCUUCCGCAUUACUCAUUAUCAGUGAUUUCAAAUGGUAAUUAUUGUUCGUUAACCUACGGCGGACCAAAGAUUCGAGAUUAUACCGUGCGUCCGAUAUAGCAUGGUCGUGUUUGUUUACGCGCCCCGUAGCCAUUGAAUCUCGCGGUUAUCACGGUUCCCGCGAAGACGCAGCGCAGCUCUGACGGAAAUUGAUCUCAUCACAAGCCAGACUCGUCGCUUCCACAGUUCUCUGUCGUUAACAAGUGUCAUGAUACAAGCAUAACAGCCAUGGACGACAAAACCGAUCAAACGUUAACGUCCAAGACAGAUCCGGUAGAAGAUGAACUGGCUAGCCCGCUGCCUAUUUGUGACGAAGUGCUUAAUAAACCGGUUACAAAUCGAGAACAGCAGCCGUUGAUUGAUGAAUUCAACAGUACAAACUGUUCUAGUAAACAACAGGCUGGAAGAGCCAUGGUAGUUCCCAGCUCUCAAUAUAUUGCUGUUCAGUCAGCCAUUCAAUCUAUUGCUGAAAAACCAUGGGAUUCUCAUGCACUUAUUUCUCCUGAAAUGAACAGUGAAAUUGUAGUACACGGCCUUCACAGUGAGUGUAGUAAUUCAACGUCUGCUGAAACAAUUAUUAAUUCAGAUAUUGAAUUCAAACCGCUGACAGAAGAAAAAAUAGAGAAACCAGAUGAAAAUUCAAUUCCUGAAUUUGAUUAUAUAUUUUGUAUUGCUGCUAUUACUAGGACAUCAUCAAAUAAUUUAAAAGUACUUGCGCUUACAAAAAUUGAUACAAAUGUCAAGGUUGAUAUAAAAUCAGAUGGAUCUUCUCUUAAUGGUUAUGCAGCUGAUUAUUCUAGUUCAUCGACAAAUUCCACGAUGUAUGGCCAAAUUGAUGAAAAAUUUUUAGUACCGAAAAUUCCACCUGACUUAUUUUUAUCAUCUUCUAGUAGCGGUUCUUCAACUGAAGUGUUGCCUCACUUGAAAUCAAAAUCAAACAAUAUUUUAAUGACAAAAAACGUUUAUGCCUAUCCAGAAAAUUUAAUUUGUGAAAAAUGCAGCCAUAUUUAUCCAAGAGUACCAGAAAACUUGGGAUGUAAAAACUUUAGUAAUACAGCAAAAUUAAAAACUAGUGUUGAAGAAUCAAAACGAAAACCCAAACAGUUAAAUAAAAAUAAUGAUUGUAGUUCAAAGAAAACAUCAAAAAAACCCAUAACUAACACAGAAAAUAUAAUUGCUAAAGAAACUGAUAUUAAAAAAGAACUUCAAACUAAUGAUAUUCUGUGUGAUUCUAUAGAAAAUAAAAUAAUUAAUCCUGUUUCAUUUAAUUUAGGUAAUGAGGUAUUGGCAUAUUGGGUAGCAGACAAAUUAUACUAUCCUGCCAUUAUAAUUGAUAUUGUACCUCCAAAAUUUAAAGUUGAAUUUAUAUCUGAUUGUGUUGUAAAAUUAUUAAAUAUUGAGGCGCUUGUACAUAGUUCAGCUUUAAAAAAAGGGUCUCCCGUUGCAAUAUUUGAUACCGUUUCACAAGAGUAUCGAGUUGGUGAAAUUGUCUCUGUUAAUCACUUAUCUGUUGGAGAUAAAACUUACACAAUUGAUUUAGAUUCAGAAGAGGUUGUUGUUCCUUUUGAUAAAUUAAUUUUGAGCACUGAGCAUGCCAAAAUGUUGCAAGAUAAAAAUUUAUUUAAAAAUUAUGAUAGACUUAGCAUGUCAAAUGUAUCCGAAGGAAAAAGAAUCCGUUCAUCACGUUCGACUACUACAAAAUGCAUAAAAUCCAAUAAAAAAAAUACCAAUAAUGAAUCCAGUAAACGUAAAAAAACUGCCCAAGGAUCGAGCAAUAAUAAAAAACGAAAAUGCUUGUUUCCUGUAGAACCUGAUUUCAGAAAUAUUCCAAGUACUAGCACUGGAAUAACUGAAAAUGAUUAUGAUAUAUGCAUCCAACCUUCUUCAGAUUCAGAAUUUGAUUUAAUUAGAGAAGAUUUAACUACAGUAAACAUGAGCCAAAUAAGAAACACUGACAUUGAUAGUGAGCAUUUGUCUCCUGACAAAACUGCACGUACAGUCAAAUCUCCUAUCAGUAAAUCUAUAAAAGUAUUUAAGGACUUACAUUUUGUCCUAUCUUAUGCUAAGUACAAACGAAUUCCUAUGACCACUGACAGCGAACAAGGUACUGACCAUGAUGCAUCAUAUAAUACAAGUUUUUUCAAGCCUGAUAAACCACAUAAAAAAUAUUUAGAAACAUUAAUUAGGAAAAAUGGUGGCAGUGUUCAUUCGUUUUUGAAUGUAAUACCCAGGUCGUGUUAUAAGUUUUCGUACCUUAUUACUGAUACACCUUCACAGACUUGUAAUUUUUACUUGAGUUUAAGUCUUGGUAUACCAUCUUAUCAUCAUAAACAUGUUGAAAAUGCUGUUUCUGAAAAUCUAUUGUUCUCUGAGUAUCUAACCAAAUAUAAUGUUAAACCUAUCCCGAAUGGGUAUUCUGAAGAAAAAAAAGAAGUAAUCUUUCGAUCUCCAACAACUGUUCAUUCAGCUAUAUUUUAUGGUUACAUAAUUUACUUAGCUCUAAAUGAACAUGACAAGAAUGAAUUUUUCGCAAGUUUACUAAGAUUUUGUGGUGCCAUAGUAUACACAUCAUGGAUAGGUGGUGUAUGUUUACCGUUGACUCAUCAUACUACAGUCAUUAUUACAGAUGAACAUUGUCCAAGUGACCUGGAACACGAAAAAGUACCUAAACUUUCGACUAAUUGGUUGAUUCAAAGUUUAAUAUGUGAAUCACCUCGUCCAAUUGAUGGACAUGAAAGUUAUAUUGCAAUAGCUGACAAUUAGCAAUUAAGCUGAGUGAAAUUUACUAUCAACAAUUCUAUUUUAAUAAUGGGAAUUUUUUUUUUCUUUGGUAAAUUGUUUACAUAA